AUGAGAAUUUGGCAGGGAGGAACAAUUCGUGGAUCUAUCAAUCUACCAGCGCAGAGCCUGUAUCCGGCCAUUCCAACUCUGUAUACUGUCUGCAAGGCAGCUGGCAUCCACACCAUUAUCUGGUACUGCGGAUCUUCUCAGGGACGCGGACCCCGAGCCGCCGGCUGGUUCAGAGACUAUCUUGCCAGCCAGGGCGAUAAAGAGACGCGAAGCGUCAUUCUGCGAGGCGGCAUUAAGGGCUGGGCGACAGCUGGCCGCGAGUACACAGAGUGGAUCGACGAGUAUGACGCCAGCAAGUGGAGCAAUUAG